AUGAAAAUUAUAGCAAUAUUAUCCACAGUAUUUACUAUUAUAAAGUUGUCAAUAUCAAAUUGUUACUGGAGCGAAAAUUGUCAUUAUAAAUAUUUUUCAAGCAAAACACCAUACGAAUUUGUCAGAGGAGAUAUCAGAGAUUCAUUUGUUAAAAUAAAGGGGUGUUAUGCAAUUAGUGUCUGGAGUUUAGUAAGACAUGGAAAAAGAAACCCUGGUAUUGAUUAUGUACAGAAUAUGUUAGAUGCAACAACAAUGAAAUACACUAUCAAAUUUAACCAUGAAAAUGGCAAAGGCUCUAUGUGUGCUCAAGAUGUAGAAAAUUUAUAUAAUUGGGAAGCAGAUCCAAAAUUGUUUCAAAAUGUCCACCAAAUUGCCGAUGAAGGCUAUCAAGAAAUAUUUGGAAUAGGAUACAGAAUAAGAAAAGCAUUUAAAGAUUUACUUAAGUCCUUGGAUGAUAAAGAUUACAAGCUACGUUCAGCAUAUGGAGCUUGGAUAGAAAACGGCGUUAAAGCAUUUGUGGAAGGUUUCGGAAAUACGUCAAUGAUAAUUGAAAAAUCAAACGCCGACUAUGACAUAAUGGCUCCCUAUGAAGCUUGUAGUUUCUACGUAAAAGAAGUUAAAAAUAAUAUGAAAACAUACUUAGAAGAAAAUAAGUAUAAAAAUACCUCAGAAUACCUUGCAGUAAAAAAAAGAAUACAACAACGAACGGGAAUGGAUUUUACGUUGACAAACAAGAAUAUUACAGGCUUAUAUGAUUUAUGCCGCUAUACUUCUUCAGGCUUAAACAACACACUUAGUCCUUGGUGCGCAAUUUUCACUAAAGAAGACAUACAAGCUUUAGAGUACGUAGGCGACUUGAGGCAUUUUUUUAGAAAUAGUUAUGGUAAUCCAAUCAAUGAAAUAUUUGGACGUAUUCCCCUAGCAGACUUGCUAGAAAGAUUUAAGACAGCGAAAAACGGUAAAGGAAAGAAGCUUACUGUAUAUUUCACUCACGCUACUAUGAUGGAUAUGGUAUACUCUGCUCUUGGAUUAUUUAAAGAUGAAAUACCUCUUAAUGGUACUUUUAGGAAUCCUGAAAGGAAGUGGAGAUCAUCUAAAACAGCUACUUUUGCAGCUAAUUUGAUGGUGACUUUAAACAGGUGUUCUAAUGGCGAGUCGACAGGUUAUAACGUCGUAUUUUAUAUGAACGAAGAACCUUUAAAAUCGAUCUGUAACGAAGGCGUUUGUUCUUGGGAAGACUUUGAAAUGAAACUUAAACCUUUUAUUAAUACUACGACGGCCUUUUGUUAA